CCUGGAGCCUAUCCCAGGGAACAUCGGGCACAGGGUGGGGUACACCCUGGACAGGGUGCCAGUCCAUCGCAGGGCACAAUCACAUACACACUCACACACACUUUAGACAUGCCAAUCAGCCUACCAUGCAUGUCUUUGGAGUGGGGGAUGACUUUUAAGUCUUUAAAGCGUUUAAAGUAUUAAUUUUUGUGACAUUUCUAUAGUACAGUCUUAAGCACUAUUUAGGCCUGGCUUCUAAUACAGAAAUGAAUGAAAAUCUAACAUACACCAACAUUUGUCAGGAUGGACAAAAAACUGCAAAAUCUUCUAAAGCCUAUUUACAUUACAGUUACUGUGGAUGCCUCUAUAGCUAAAAAUUUGAAUAAUAAUACAGAAUAAUACAUUAUCAUGACCUUAUUGUAAUUUUGGCUGAGGAAGGAAGAAUGUACAGGAAAGGGUUUGUCAUAUCACAGCAAACCAGAGACUACGUUUCCCAUCCUGCACUGCGGCCUACAAACAAGGCCGCCAUGGACUGCAAUUCCCAGAACACUCAUUCGUUCUAAUCUCACACACCUGCAUCCAAUCUCACACACAAUCACACCACAGUUUAAAAGGACUUUCUAGGCAUUCACUCUUUGCGAAGUAUUAGUGUUAUCACAGUACCAAGUGUUUAGACGCUGUUCCUUGGUUUGUUUCAUGGCCCUUGUUCUUGUUUCUCAUCUCAAUUAUUACAGGGCGGCUGUGGCUCAGGUGGUAGAGCGGGUUGUCCACUAAACAUAGGCUUGGCGGUUCAAUUCCCGUCCCAUGUGACCCCACAUGCCGAAGUGUCCUUGGGCAAGACACUGAACCCCAAGCUGCUCCCGAUGGCAAGUUAGCGCCUUGCAUGGCAGCUCUGCUACCAUUGGUGUGUGUGUGCGUGUGAGAAUGGGUGAAUGAGACUCAGUGUAAAGUGUUUUGGAUAUAAGUGCACCAUUUACCUUGCCUAGUUUAUACCUGUUUGUAGAUCGCCUGACCCAUUGCCUGUUUUUUUGACCACAUUAUUGUCUCAUGCUUUGGAUUUGUCUGCUUGCCUCUCUUUAUUAAAAGCUCUUUUCUACACUUGCGUCCGUCCUAACCUUCAUUACGUGGAUAAUGUGACAGGGUUACAAAAGGGAGAACAGAGCAACCAAAAUGGAACAAGGAGAGAGAAUGUGACCAAUCUGGUUUAUUCUUUUAGUUCUUUUGUCUAUUAGAUAGUAACAUCAGUUUGUAAAAUGCUUUGUUAAAAGCCAGCCUUUAAAGAUUGACAUUUAUAUACGUAAGAUUUAAAGACUUAAGCUUCAUAAUACUUUCCGUGUAUACUUUUCUCUGUUGAAGAGCAAACAUGGUUUCAGUUGUAGAAAAACCACACCUUUACUGUUUGUGCAUUGGCUAUGUAAUUCCAUGAAGCCCUUCCCUACUGCUCUGUAACUGACCCAUUGUCAGUUAUUACACACCUCAUCUUCUAUUAAUGCUGUAUUUGUUCUGCAAUGUCACAGUCACUCUUUGAGUGGUGUUUGCUGGUUACCUGAGCUGAGUUUUAACUCUGAUGCAUACAGCUGUUUCACCUAGAAAUGGCUUUUAAGAAAAAUGAAUUUUUGAGGUACAUCUGGUUAUUUAUUCUUAGCUUUCCACUUAUUUACUUUGUAAUGUACGCUACAAAAAAAGGCUAUUUACAAACUGGGCUGCUGGACAUGGAACACCUGAUCAAGCACAAUGCUGGAGAACUACAAGCUUGUUCAGCUAUCAUCCGAGGAGACAUAGAUGGAGUCAACAGCAAACACUUUGGCAACCUCCUUGCUGGGUGGAAAAAAGCUUCUCUUUUAUCUGAGUCUUUCUACCUAAAUGUCACAAAGGACUGUAAAGCUUUUAUCAGAGACAGAGGGUUUCUAACAGCUCCUCUGAGCAAAGAGGAAAGAGACUUUCCAAUCGCUUACUCUGUGGUUAUCCAUGAGAAGAUUGAGAUGUUUGAGAGGCUCCUGCGUGCUAUUUACACUCCUCAGAAUGUUUACUGUGUUCAUGUGGACCAGAAGUCACCUAAGAUCUUUUCUGAGGGUGUACAAGCUAUUGUGUCUUGUUUUCCCAAUGUGUUUGUGGCCAGUAAGUUAGAGAGUGUUGUCUAUGCCUCUUGGUCACGAGUUCAAGCAGACAUCAACUGCAUGGAGGACCUUCUCAAGUCUCCUGUCAAGUGGAGGUAUCUGCUCAACACAUGUGGGGCAGAUUUUCCCUUAAAAACCAAUGCAGAGCUUGUUCGCUCCCUGAAAAAUCUCAAUGGAAAGAAUAGUAUGGAGUCAGAAGUUACACCCUCACACAAAAAAGCCCGCUGGGAGUACCAUCAUAACAUCAUCAAUACUGUGACUCGGACAGGUAUUAAGAAGACCCCUCCACCCAUCGGCACCCCUAUGUUCUCUGGGAAUGCAUACUUUGUUGUUACAAGAGAGUUUGUAGAAUAUAUCUUUAAGACUCCAGAGAUCCAGAACUUCAUGGAAUGGGAGAAGGACACGUACAGCCCAGAUGAGCACAUGUGGGCAACACUACAUAGGAUCCCUUCGGUGCCUGGCUCCAACCCCCCCAAUGAAAAAUAUGAUGAGUCGGACAUGCUGGCCAUAGCGAGGUUGGUCAAGUGGAGUUAUCAUGAAGGAAACAUGAAGAAUGGAGCACCAUAUCCACCAUGCACUGGGACAUAUAGACAUGCAGUGUGUGUUUAUGGAGCAGGGGACCUGAACUGGAUUCUGAAGCAGAAACAUCUCUUUGCUAACAAAUUUGACCCACAAGUAGAUGAUAUUGCUAUAAAAUGCAUGGAGGCUUUUUUACGGUACAAAUCAAUUUAUGGUCAGUCUUUACUUAGCAUAGGUAAAACAAAAAGAAUUCAAUAAUGCUGCUACACAUUUACAGAAUGUAUACCAGCUGUGUAAAUUUUUUGACAUACUGUAUGUGACUAUUAUAUGAUUAUUUAUGUUUAGAAGUAGAGUUUAUUCAAGAAAAUAUUCUAUUGUUCAUAGUUCCUGAACCUUAAUAUAGCGAAGUCAGUAAUAUUUGAAAUAAGUUUUAACAGUUAAAAGAUUUUAACACUAGUAAAACAGACAAACUUCAGAAGAGUGUGUGUACGUGUGUGUCUGCGUGUGUGCUUGAAUUCAGUCUCAUGGCAAUAGAUGAGAAAACUAUUAGCAAGAAGUUAAUUGUAAGACUUUAUUACAGGUUUUAAAUCAAGACUAAAAACACGUUAAAUUGGUUAUUUAAUCUGUGUUUCUGUUUUAAGUGUUUUAUUUGAUUGAUGUUUUUUUUUUUCUUUUAAAUGCAUACUCAAUAUUUUAUUGGUCUUUUUAUUUACAUUUAUUCAUUUAGCAGAUGCUUUUAUCCAAAGUGACUUAGAAAUGACGAAAUACAAGACAGAUUAUGUUGUAUUGUAUACACAGCACUUUUUAUAACAACUUUUGUUUAAAUGUGCUUUAUGAAUUAAAUGUACUUACUUCUGUGGUCAAAAUAAGGUUCUUUGCAAGUGCUAAUUCUCUAUUUGUUAAAAGAAUAACGACAAUACACCGUACUCUCUUUAGUUAUCUUGAUUUAUUUCAUCCUAAAAUUGACAGGUAACACAGAAUAAUAAAACAAUGUGUUAUUAUAGCAAGUUAAAUAUAUAUUAGAACGUGUUGUCAACAGUUUAUUUCCGUUUGACUUGUUGAGUUUUUAUUUCAGUCCUUAAUUACUUCCCAGAUUAGCAAAUUGGUUUUGGACUGAAUUUGGCCGAACUGCGGCUGCGAGUUUGGCCCACAUACCACCUGCAAUUACGGACCAAGAUUGGCCCGAAAACCACUUGCUGAAAGUGCGAGUGCGGACGAGACCGCCGGGUGGUGAGAUCGUGUUCAACGGUGGAUGACGGCACGGGAGACCCACGCGCACUUCUCGAGAACGUCUCGGGAACCCCGACACGCCCUCGAGAAGGUCAAUACGCCAGCCACACCCCCACGAAACCCCUCGCACUCACACACCCUCACCUCCUCACGAUAGACAACUCACACACGGACAAAUAAAGCACCCAUUUUGACUGCAACCUGUCCCU